CAUGCUUCAAUUAUAUACUGAACGUAAAAAAGUAAAUUCGCGUGAGUCGUAUUUCCUGUUGGAGACUCCUGACCAAUCAGAGCAGUCGCUGAGUGAGCGGGUGUGCUGUGAUUGGCCGGCUCAGAGCCCGCUGUUCGCCGAGUGAAGCGAGCUCUCCUGCGGCUACCCGAGGCGCCUCUGUCCCGCUCCUGCUUUCAGCGCGCUCGAAGCCCCUGAGGCUGACGCAACAGCUCUCAGCUCGGAUGAAUGAACGCGUUUAACGCCUCGCUGUCGCUCUGAGACUCUUCUGUAAGGUUCCGCGGCUGCUGUGUUCCUCUGCAGUGUCCCCCGGGCUCAGCUCAGCAUGACCGCCGCGGCGCAGACGCAGGAGCUCUUCCGGUGCGCGGACGCCGUGUGCUUUGACGUCGACAGCACCGUGAUCCGCGAGGAGGGCAUCGACGAGCUCGCCAAGUUCUGCGGAGUCGGAGACGCGGUCACGGAGAUGACUCUGAAGGCCAUGGGCGGCUCCGUCUCAUUCCACACAGCUCUGAGUGAGCGUCUGUCCAUCAUCAAGUGCUCGAGGGAACAAGUCAACAAGCUGAUCACUGACCACCCGCCUCAGCUGACGCCAGGGAUCAAGGAGCUGGUGGAGAAGCUUCAUCAGCGUAGCGUGAAGGUGUUCCUCGUCUCCGGUGGGUUCCGCUGCAUCGUUGAACACGUGGCGUCGCAGCUCAGCAUCCCGCUCCAUCACGUCUACGCAAACCGCCUCAAGUUCUUCUUCAACGGAGAGUACGCCGGCUUCGACGAGUCUCAGCCCACAGCACAGUCCGGCGGGAAGAGCCGGGUCAUCAGCAUGCUGCAGGAGGAGUACGGCUUCAGAAACAUCGUGAUGAUUGGAGACGGAGCCACGGACCUGGAGGCCUGUCCUCCUGCGAGCGCCUUCAUUGGGUUUGGUGGGAACGUGGUGCGGCAGCAGGUGAAGGAGAAGUCCUCGUGGUACGUCUCCAGCUUCGGAGAGCUGCUUAAAGAGUUGGAGAAGAUCUAGAGAGCACUGACUGGAGUUUAGCAUACUCUGUGCUAGUGCACUAGCUUUCUGCCUUUCCUAGUUUCUCCUAAUGCACAAUUUUUAAUGGUCGUAUAUCUCUAGAGUUUAUUAUUGAAACUAUUGUUUAUAUAGAAGAUGAUGCAAACCAGCAGCGGUCUGAUGUUCUGUACAGUGAGCAUUUUAACUGACGAAACUAGACUCGCGUUUGGAUGUCAGACUUCCAGAGAACACUAUAUCAUGACUGUUUCUAAGCUAACAACUGUCUACUUCAGUAUGCAUAUUUGAAAAAGAGCAUU